AUGGAUUCUCUUCCAGGGCUGAGUUUGGGCCAGAAAACACACAUGCAGAAUGGGACCCUCCCCAAACCCACCAUCCAGGCUGAGCCAGGCUCUGUGAUCCCCUGGGGGAGCCAUGUGACCAUCUGGUGUAAGGGGACCCGGCAGGCCCAGGAGUAUUAUCUGUAUAGAGGAAAAAAACAUACGUUCUUAGACAGAGAGAAACCCCUGAAGUCAGGAGACAGAGACAAAUUCUUCAUCAAGAUUACUGAUGGAGGGAGAUAUUACUGUAAAUACCGCAGCCUCACUGGCUGGUCAGAGCUCAGUGACCCCCUGGAGCUGGUGGUGACAGAAUUCUACAACAGCAAACCCAGCCUCUCGGCCCUGCCCAGCCCUGUCGUGACCUCAGGAGGGAAUGUGACCCUCCAGUGUGGCUCAUGGGCAGGAUUUAACAGGUUCAUUCUGACUAAGGAAGGAAAACACAGGCUCUCCUGGACACUGGACUCACAGCAACACCCCAGUGGGCAGUCCCAGGCCCUGUUCCCUGUGGGCCCCGUGACCCCCACUCACAGGUGGAGGCUCAGAUGCUAUGGUUGUUACAGAAACAGCCCCCAGGAGUGGUCUAACCCCAGUGAUGCCCUGGAGCUCCUGGUCUCAGGAGGCUCAGGGAAGCCCUCCCUCCUGACCCAGCAGGGCCCCAUCGUGGCCGCUGGACAGAACCUGACCCUCCAGUGCCGCUCGGACCUCGGCUAUGACAGGUUCGCUCUGUCCAAGGAGGGGGCACAGGACCCCCCCCAGAGCACUGCCCUGCAGCCCCAGGCGGGGCUCUCUCAGGCCGACUUCCCCCUGGACACGGUGCGCGGCUCCCACGGGGGCCGGUACAGGUGCUAUGGGGGACACAACCUCUCCUCUGAGUGGUCGGCCCCCAGUGACCCCCUGGACAUCCUGGUGGCAGGAUGGCUCCCUGACAGACCCUCCCUCUCGGUGCAGCCGGGCCCCCCAGUGGCCUCAGGAGAGAAGGUGACCCUGCUGUGUCAGUCACAGAGCCCAAGGGACACCUUCCUUCUCACCAAGGAGGGGGCAGCUGAUCCCCCCCUGCGUCUCAGACCACAGCCCCGAGCUCAGCAGCACCAGGCAGAGUUCUCCAUGAGGCCCAUGACCUCAGCCCAUGGGGGCACCUAUAGGUGCUACAGCGCAAACCACAGCAGCCCCUACCUGCUGUCGCAGCCCAGUGACGCCCUGGAGCUCAUAGUCUCAGCCCAAGGUCUCCAAUGGCCCCUGAACAUCCUGAUCAGGGUCUCGGUGGCCCUCGCCCUGCUGCUCACCCUCCUCCUCUUCCUCUUCCUCCGACACCAGCGUUGGAGCAAAAACAGGACAUCAGAUGCUGCCGUGAAGGACCCACAUCCUGGGGAGGGCGUGGAGCUGGACCCUCGGGCCCAGGACGUGACCUGCGCCCAGCUGACCCACUUGACCCUCAGAUGGGAGACAAGUGCACCCCCUUCCUCCCCAUCAGAGGAGCUCCCAGCUGAGCCCAGCGUGUACGCUGCUCUGGCCGUCCACUAG